AAACAGACCUCCAUGGUCAUCGAUAACAUAUUGAAAUUCGGCCCAUGAAAUUUGUUCUUGUGGUUCCCCAAAGUACCGUCCCAGGAAAUACCGGCAAAGCUCAGCUUUCAUCGCCCAAAGACACCAUCUAUUUAACCAUCAGGGAUCAAGCCAAAACACCGAAACCCACAUCAUUCACCACCGCUGCAGCCACCACCCUUCACAAAACCCCGUCAAACUCUACAGCCGCCACCCAUCAGCCAUCAUCUCCGAAGCAUCCCCUUUCCAGAGACUAAAGCAUCGUUCACUCAACACAGAUUUGAAAAAUCCCAACAGCCCGGGUUGCACAAGUCAAAACCUACUGUGGAGGCAACUUCGGUAACUCUCUCAACUCCUCAAACAUUGCCGAUAUUUUGUUGCCUUUGUUUUUCCGUGGUUUGUGUUGCUCCAAAUUCUGAUUUUGGUGUGAUUGUUUGGGCUUUUCGUUCCAAAUUCUCUUUUUAGGCAACAAUUCGAAUCUGGGUUCUCUCAACGAGUUUUUAUUGAUUUCGAACUGACCCAAAUAAAUCCCAGCUCCCAUUUGGAGCAUUUCCUUUGUUUUCAAUAAUGAUUCAGCCCAAUCGAACUUCUUGUUUACCAAAGUUUAGUUUCUUGGACCCAUUCCAUGGUUAUUUUUAUCACUAGAAGAAAAUGGUCCAGUGGUUGUUUUUCGGAAGGGUUGGAGGGUUGAGUUUUCUCUAUGAAUGUCAGCGAGGAUUUAAUUACCAGCAGAAGUGUGGUUUGGUGAAUGUAAAGUUGAAAUGGGUGAAAGACAGGGCACUGGAUGCUGUUGUAACUGGUGAGAGGGAUAUCAGAGCAGCUUGGGUUCUUGUUUCCAUUAUCUCUUCUACUUCUCGGCAAUGUGUUCCCAUAUACUACCUCUCUCGCCAUCGUGGGCAACUUGGUCUACCCCAUGAUCUUAAGCUCUCCACCUUUGUUAGGAGAUAUCCUACUGUUUUUCGCGAGUCUCAUGUUUUUGACAGUGGAGGCACUCUUGUCCCCUGUUUCAGCUUGACUCCUGAAGCAUUAGAACUCCACCAAGAAGAACUCGAUGUUGCUGAGCAGAAUCAGAUGGAUCUUGUCAAUAGGCUCCGCAAACUGCUCAUGCUCACCAGAGACAGGACCCUUCCUUUACAAACUGUUGACCAGCUGAAAUGGGACCUGGGUUUGCCGUAUGAUUACCAUCAUUCAUUGAUUCCACUGCGGCCCGAGUUUUUCUCUUUGGUCCACCUCCCUGACAAGCGCGAUGGCUUGAAACUCUUGUCCUGGGAUGAUGAACUUGCCGUUUCCGAAUUGCAAAAGAAUGCUGCUUUACAACAGAACGAAGAAGACGUGAAAAAUGGUUGCUUAGCCUUUCCGAUUGGAUUUACGAGGGGUUUUGGGUUGAAAAGAAAAUGUAUGGAGUGGUUGAGAGAGUGGCAGAGGCUCCCUUACACUUCUCCAUAUUCUGAUGCCUUACAUUUGGACCCCCGCACAGAUGUAUCUGAGAAGAGGAUUGUUGGAGUCUUUCACGAGCUUCUUCACCUAACCAUACAAAAGAGAACUGAGCGGAAGAAUGUGAGCAACCUCCGUAAGCCACUGGCCUUGCCCCAGAAGUUCACUAAAGUGUUUGAGCGCCAUCCCACCAUUUUUUACAUCUCCAAGAAGAAUGACACUCAGACAGUCGUUCUGAGGGAAGCCUAUGACCAUCAGCAACUCUUGCAGAGACACCCCCUUGUAGAAAUUAGGGAAAGAUUCGCAAGCAUGUUGAGGAAAGGGCUUUUGGAUAGGAGCAGGGGGUUAUACAAGAAAAGUGCUGGCCCUGGUCUAGAACAAGAUCGGUCAAAUGAUGUUUUUGGUGAUGAAAUGACUGAUAAUCAGUGUAGUUCUGAAGAGUCAGACUGUAAUUUAUUUUCUGAAUAUGAUUCAGAUGACUCUAUACACGAUCGUUGUUGAGUUUUGACAGUGCCAAUAAUUAUAUUGAGAUUUUGAAAUCAUGUAAAGCACCAACUUGGGUGAACAAAUAUUUGUCAAGAUAGUGUAUCAGAUUGUCAAUACAAUAUGCGAGCUAUAUGCCUAUGACUGAGUUGAUUGUUGAAGCUGUUAGCUGCUCUGAGAUGAUGAAAGCCGAGCCACUUAUGUUGGACCUGGGUGGAACAUCAACAGAACUCCACCUGGGUGAGUAGUGUUCCCCAGAAAUCUUGUAAGAUCCAUGUGACCAGUAUUACAUCAACUCAUUCUGCUCAAGCUACUGCACACACUCAAGCCACUGCUCAAGCUACUGCACACGUCAAAGCUGCAGGCACAACUACUGAACCAGAAGAUGCAGAAGCUGCAGACACCACACCAUACUCUCCCUAACCUUCCUAAUGAUUC